UGCCGUCGACAGUCGACAAAACACACGUGUUUAUAAAUAUACAACUGUAGUCGAACAUGUCAGAUCAAGACUGCGAAAUGGAAUCGGCUGCCACCGAAUCGGCUCGCAAUAUCAACAAAAAACUGGAAGAUUGCGAGGUGUGCCAGGCCAAUAAAGCAAAAUAUACAUGUCCAAAAUGCGAGGUUAGAACUUGUUGUUUGACAUGUUCAAACAUUCAUAAACAAGAGUUAGAUUGUGACGGAAUUCGCGAUCAAACCAAGUUCGUCGCUAAAGAUAAAUUUACAGAUUUGGAUCUAUUAAGUGAUUAUCGCUUCUUAGAAGGUAUUGGAAGAUCUGUUGAAGCUAUGCAGAAAGAUCCUUUAAAAUUAUCUACCCGCACUGGAAAUUUGCCACCAAUACUAAUGAAGUUGAGAAUUGCUGCACAAAAAAGGGGUACAAAUCUCAGAUUUUUACCCCGACACUUCAGCAAACAUGCAGAAAAUAGCACUUUUUUAAAUUUUAAAACACACGAGCUAUUUUGGAGACUGGAACUAAUUUUUCCAAAUGCAGAAAAUUCAAAAUGGGUGAUAAACAGAGUUCAGGAUGAAAAAAAACUGUCUACAGUAUUAGAAGAACUUUUUAAUGCUGAUCCUUUGAAAGAACAAACAGAAGAAUCAUCAAAUAAUUUAAUCGCGUUACAAAGUAAAUUGAAAUAUUAUAAAGGAACUGGAAUACCAGGAUUAAGAGCCCUUUUAAAAGCUGAAGGUGUAAAAAAGUCAAAUUCAAGAUUUUGGGAGUUGGAUAUGACAGAAUCUCUGAGAGACAACUUCAAUAAGAAAACAAUAAUAGAAUAUCCAAUAAUAUACAUAAUUUUGAAAGACCACGCAGACAUGUUUGAAAUAAUAGAAAGUGAUGAUGAAGAGUUUAAAGAAGUUAAUAUAAGGAAAGAAAAUCCAAAGAGAAAAAUUCAUGACAGUACAAAUCUCAAGCCACCUAUUGUGAAGAAAAAAGUUGAAGAGACAAAUAAUUUCUUUUUCAAUGGAGAUUUGUCGGAUGAUGAAGACUCAGAACAAUUUUUGUAAAAAGAUUUGUAUUUAAUUUUGUAUUUUUUUUAA